AUGGCUGAGAGACUGUUAAUAGGAGCGCUGAAGGGUGGUAAAAACACUAAGAUUGUUACUUUGAAUGGGAAGAAGAUGACAAAGAUGCCUUCAACAUUAGCAAAACUGCCUGGCCUGAAGACCCUAGACCUUUAUAAUAACCUAAUCCCCAAAGCAUGUCCAGAGAUAAGCGCCUUGACCCAGUUGACAGUACUAAAUUUGGGAAGCAAUCUUUUAGAAGAAGUUCCAGAAGAGAUGAAAUACCUUACUUCCCUGAAGACGCUUCACUUAUUUAGAAACAGGAUUUGUAGAUUUGCACCUGGAGCAUGUGAUGGUUUACAAAAUUUGAUCCUGCUUAAUCUGAACAAUAAUCGACUUACACAGCUGCCUCGGGAAAUCAACAGAUUAAAAAGUCUUAAGCUCUUGAAUAUAAAUCAUAACCAGCUAACCAGCAUUCCUAGAGAACUUUGUUUCCUUGAACAUCUUUCUGAGCUUCAUUCUAACUACAAUCAGCUCAUUUGCAUACCUGAAGAGAUUAAAUUCUUGAAGAAGCUCCAGAAGUUAUUUUUGGUCAGGAACAACAUUGAGGUUUUGCCAGAGGGAAUCUGUGAUCUAAAAAAACUAAGAAUCCUAGACAUAGCUGGAAAUAUUAUUCAGAUAUUUCCACCAGGAUUUCAGAAUCUGAAGCUGAGGGAAUUCUACUGUGAGGAUAACCCACUCUUCUUGAAGCGGCCAUUUGUAGCUGAACAACGGGAGGUCAUUUGGAGUCUAAAGGAAAUAACAUCAAGAUUUGUCAUGAAUGAGCUAGCCAAAAACAACCCUAUUCUAAUGGAUGCCAUAGAACAGUAUCCAGAGGUCAGGAACAUCAUCUCUGAAGGAAAAAACUGUGCAAUAUGUGGAAAAUUCUUUUUAACCAUAUGGCUGGAAUGUGUUCACUUUGUUCCUCCAUCAAAGAACUGGAAGAUAAGCAAAAAUCUACAACUGGUACCUCUGCGAGUAUUGCUUUGUUCUUACAAAUGUUUUAACCAGCGUGACCCUGAGAUCUUUGGAAUUUCUCAAGAGUAGAACAGGCGAGGUGCUCCUUCAGUGCUUUGCUGGGUGCCCAUCAGUUCUGCACAGUCAGCUCAUGCCUACCACCAUGCCAUGCAGUGUCCAGGCUUUUUAUUAAGCAAAGGAAGACAAAUGUUGAGCAAAGAAGACAAAUCAAUUACAGAGAUCCUAAUCUAAGCAUUGAUACUGUACUCAUAGAUUGUUAGGCUCCAGUAAUGCUGUGUUUUCCUUUGGCUUAAAAAGGAAAUAAAAAAUUGAGAAAAAGAAAGAAAGAAUGAAAGAAAGAAAGAUCUGUGUGCCACAUAAGUUUUUUUCCCCAUCACUUUACGAUUUCUACCUUCCUUUUCUAGAAAAGUAUUAAGAGAAUUUGGUGAGGAACUGCGUUUAUUUUCCCUAGCUCACUCUUGGCCUUUGUGAAUCCAAGUCAAGACUUACCCCUUCUGCAUUAAAGUUGCUUCUGCCAUAGUGGGAAGUUAAAUCAAUGGAGCACAGCAGAGAGACCCUCAAUCCCAAAGGUCAAGGUUCAGACUCUACUCAAAAGACAUGAAGCCUCAAGGCAACUUUCUAAAGGUUAUAUUAAUCAAGAAUACAUU